AUGUCGCAAUUCCUGUCUAUUAUAGGGUGGUCCUUCCUCCCCAACAUCGCAACCUCUUGGCUCCAGACCAUUUACUAUGGCCUCACGAUCCGUGCCGGCGAUCCCAAGCCCGCCCCCGGCAGCCCGCGAUUCAACCACCAUCGCCGCAACAUCCACAUCCUCGUCGUAGCCAUCUACCUCUCCUACACCAUCUACGAGGCCGACUUCGACCUCCGUCGCCAAGGGUCCUUUUACACCGACCUGGGCGUGCCCUUUUCCGCCACCGAUCGUGAUAUCAAGUCCCGUUUCCGCCGUCUUGCCGCGCUCCAUCACCCCGACAAGACUGGCGACGCUUCUGACUCGGCGGCCUAUUUCAUCCACCUCAAGACUGCCAGCGAAACUUUACAAGAUGCCGCCAAGCGCUUCGCCUACGAGCGUUUCGGGCCCGAGACGGUAGGGUGGCAAAAGUGCGUAACAAUCAGAGACUUCGUAUCGCGGGGCGUCUUCUCGGGAAUCCUGCCGCACUAUGCAGUUGCCGCAGGGUCCAUCUACAUCUUGGGUCUGCUGGGAUACAUGGACUUUGGAAAGUUCUACCGAUGGUUGAUUCUGAUAAGCCUAUGCGUUUUCGAGAUCCAAGCCGUCACUCGACCGAGGUUUCCGUCAUUGCUGGAGGGCCUCAACUUCAUCUUCUCGAACACGGCUACCCACCCGCCAUAUCUGCCGUUUCAACUUAUACAACUUGCGCGCAAACUCACCAUCACUAUCUACAUCGCCCUGUCUCAAAUCGGCCCGCUAAUGAUGAUGGAUGCAUCACCAUCGAAGCGAUCUAUUGACGACGAGGACGAGCUGCUGCUCCAGGGCUUGAGCCGCCUAGAAGCCAUUACUGGCCAGUUUGAUGCCGACUCGACGAGGCUAAUGGAUAUGGAAAUGGCGCCAUACAAGGGAGAUGCAGAGGCAACAUCCAACCUACAGGGAAAGAUGAGAGAGUGGUUGGUCCAAAACACAAUUCGUGCUGAUCCCAUGGUCCGUGAUGCCAUGGGCACGUCGCUGAGAAAGCGGCGUGUUGAUGUUCCUGCUGGCGCUAAAGGCAAUCGAUAG